AUGUUGUUCGUGGAGUGCAACGGAACCCCUUACGAGAUUGGCUACCAACACGGUCAAGCCGCCAAACUACAGAUAGCCCGCUGCAUCGAGUUCUAUGCAUGUCUUUUCCUCAAGAAUUGCAAGCAGAGAUGGCCGCAGGUCCUCCAACAUGCGUCAAAGUUUGAACAACGUGCGAAAGCGCAAUGGCCAAACUUCCACCAAGAGAUGCAAGGUAUCGCUGACGGCUCGGGACACGAACUGCUAGAUAUCGUAGCAAUCAAUGUUAGGACUGAGAUCAACUUUGGUUUGUUCAGCGAUGGCUGCACUGCGCUCGCGUGGCAUACCCGGAAUCGGGCAUAUCUGGCUCAGAAUUGGGACUGGAUGACCGAGCAGCAACAAAACCUCAUUAUUACCAAGAUUACGCAAGUGAAGAAGCCUACAAUAGUUCAGGUAACAGAGGCAGGGAUAAUCGGAAAGAUCGGCUUCAACAGCAGCGGCGUGGGUACGUUGUUCAACGCCAUAAAAGUCCAUGGCGUCGACUCUGCCCGGAUGCCUGCCCACUUCGGUCUACGCAUGGCGUUGGAGUCUGAAUCCGUUGAUGAAGCAGUCCGCAAGCUGGAAAGUUUCGGUAUGGCCUCUUCAGCCCAUAUCCUGAUAGGCGACGCGAACAAAUCUCUGGGUCUGGAGUUCACGAAGAGCACUUUUGCCCACGUACUACCAGAUUCCAAUUCGAGAGUCAUUCACACGAACCAUCUGCUUGGGGAGCACCCUGGCGAGACCGAUACUGUAUGGCUUAAGGAUUCCUUGGACCGGGUUCGGACGAUGGCUGAGAAUGCCGGAGCAUUGGAUGAGGAGCCGAGCUGGGACAGCGUGAGUGGGUUGUUCGAGGAUGAACAGAAUGCUCCAGGUGCCAUAUGUAGGUCUGAGACCGAAGAGAGUGGGAGUGGCACGUUGUUCAACAUUGUGAUGGACUUGAAGAGCAAGAAAGCUGUGGUGAAGCUUGGCAGGCCCACAGAAGUACAGGAGACCGUCAAUCUGGAGCUAUGA